AUGGCCAAUCAACCUGGCCUUGCAGCCCCGAAUCCUUGGCCGCCAAAGUAUGCCCUCUCUGACACGGGUAGUACGGGCUUGCCUAUAUCAAUGUUGACUGGAAAGGUCUUGACGGACACGUAUAAUGACACGGCGAGAGCUGUUGAGACAAUGAUGCCGCUGAGAACUUUCUGCGAGACGAGGCCGGACAGUAAUAAUACCAAGCAUUGGACAGUUGAACUGGACGGGUGGAUUCGGAGGGCGAAUGGCAAUCUGAACCAUUGUCGAGCUGCUGCCGCUUCGCUGCCUGUGGUAUCAUGA